AUGAAGCAUUCUACUCCUCAUGUGUGUGCGCGGUGUGAGACUCCGUGUCGGUGGAGACGGGUGACCGCGCGCUUCGGAAGGGGAUCUUUUGUUCACUUAAGUGUGGGUGUGCGUGUGCAGACAUUGAGUCACCUGAGGUUGUUUCACUUAUUUGUGCUUCACCAUUUUGCAGUGUGUGAAUGUCGGCUACGGUCACGUGUGCUUGGUUGGUCCCUUUCCGAUCCCGACAUCCCCAUCACUCCCCCCAAGCUACAGCUUCUGCCCCCCUCUCCCCUGGAGGUGAGGAAUAAGAGGACAGUCACCUUGGUGUGUGUGGCCACAGAAUUCUACCCUGACCACAUCAGUGUGUCCUGGCAGCAGAACAGAGUGGCCAUCAGGAAGGGCAGUGGGACAGACUAUGCCACUCUGCAAGGUGAAUCCACAAAGACCUACAGCAUCAGCAGCAGGCUCUGGGUCCCUGCCCGCACCUGGCUGAACCCCAAAAACUCCUUCACCUGUGUCACCAGCUUGUUCAAUGGGACCCGUUACCUGACCAAUGAAGAGCCCGUUAAUGGGGAAGAAAAGCUGAAUGGAGAGAAGCACCCCACAUUAGAGUGUGACAAAUCCUGA